AUGGAAGUUGAAGGCUUACUCCUACAUACCCCCAGUGGUUUAGUUCGUGUCAAUAGUCACAACGGAACAUACCAGCAUUGGUUGGAGUUUCAUUGGCAGGAUUAUGCAAUUGCGGGAAGAACUGGAACUAUUCUUAUCGAACGCAAACAAAUGUACAGAGUCAACUGGAGUUGGAAUAUUGUGUCGGUGACGGAGUUUUUUAAGCAGCCGGAUGGUAAAACAUCAGAAUGUGAACAAGAGAUUGAAUAUAACCUCGAUAAAGAAAUAGGUUUUGAAUUUGUUGAAGUGGUUCACAUAGAAAAACAAAUGAACAUUGAAAUAGCGACAAUGUUGAAGGUUGUGUGCCAUGAAGUGUUUGGUCGUUACAUGAGAUAA